GUGUCGGAGAGCCGUGGCCCCGCCCGGGCCGCCAUUGCCGGGCCUUCCGGACCGCUCUGCACAGCUUGCUUGCCGCCUCUCGCCGAGCGGAGCGGGGCGACCGGCCCGACAAGGCACCUUUGUGACCGAGCCUACGUCUCACUGCGGCCAGAGCUCACAGUCCACAAACAGUACACCUGCCGGCGGUCCCAACCCAGCUGGAGAAGUGGACAUGAGGUUGGCAGGCCCCCUCCGCAUCAUGGCCCUAGUCAUCACGGUAGGCCUCACCUGGAUCAUAGUCAGCAUCCUCCUGGGUGGGCCUGGCAGCGGCUUUCCUCGCCUCCAGCAACUCUUCUCCAGCCCAGAGAGCUCAGUGACUGCAGAGCCACGGGCUAGGAAGUACAAGUGCGGUCUACCCCAGCCGUGUCCUGAAGAGCACCUGGCCUUCCGCGUGGUCAGUGGGGCUGCCAACGUCAUUGGGCCCAAGAUCUGCCUCGAGGACAAAAUGCUUAUGAGCAGUGUCAAGGACAAUGUGGGUCGUGGGCUGAACAUUGCCCUGGUGAAUGGGGUUAGUGGUGAGCUCAUUGAGGCCCGGGCUUUUGACAUGUGGGCUGGAGAUGUAAACGAUCUAUUGAAGUUUAUUCGGCCGCUGCAUGAAGGCACUCUGGUGUUUGUGGCAUCCUUCGACGACCCAGCCACCAAGAUGAAUGAAGAGACCAGAAAGCUUUUCAGUGAACUGGGCAGCAGGAAUGCCAAGGAGCUGGCCUUCCGGGACAGCUGGGUGUUUGUGGGAGCCAAGGGUGUACAGAACAAGAGCCCCUUUGAGCAGCAUGUGAAGAACAGUAAACACACCAACAAGUACGAAGGCUGGCCUGAGGCUCUGGAGAUGGAAGGUUGCAUCCCACGGAGGAGCACGGCCAGCUAGCAUAGCCGGGCACCAAGACCACCCCAAGGGAGGCCCAGGCCGAGAGAGGCGUGUGCACUGCUCAGCAGGCGGGGGGUGGCAGCACCAGGGCAGGGCUGGGGUCCACUCCCCACACCUGGGCAAGAGCACUCCCUUGCCCCAACAUAUUGGGCUCCAAGCUGCUGACCAGAGUGUGGUCUCAAGGUGUUAAGGGCUGCAGGGGCCGACCCCGGCCCCAUCGUGCUUUGUUAUAGGAGCCCAGGUGCCUCUGUCUUUCUUUGCCUAACACUGUUUCUCCUGGCUAGCCCCCACCUAGCCCAUUUCUCCUCUGUUCCCCACAGCAUCUCCUUCCCAAUUUCCAAGUGCCCUUGCUUGAAGGGUCUUAGGUAUUCACCCUCUUUACAUACAAGUCAGGUAGCAGCCAUCUGGCCGGUUAGGGCAUCUUCCAGAACCUUUCCCAGAGCUACUCACUCCACUGCAGGCUAAACCUGUUUCCAGUGUGAUUCCUCUUGGUGAGCCAAACCUGACAGCCACGCCAUGAACGUGGCUGCCUCCUGCCUGGCUCUCAACAGGAAGGGGCCUCUAUGGAGCAGGCUGGCCCAGGGUGGGUGUAGCCAGAGCCUGACCACAGUCCCUAAGGCAGCAUGUGAUAGCUCCUGUGGUUUGUCAGAGGGCCCACCUAGAUGAUUUCUUAAUAAACUGAUGCCCCCUCCCCAUGGAAUAAAGUGCAUUCAGGUGUUGUCAUCAGUGGAUAGUCAGAGGUGGUAGUGACUUCUGGGGUUGGGGUGGGGAGACUAGUCCCGCGGGCUCAGCCAACCUGCCCCAUGGCCUUAGUCUCCAGGGCUCCUGCCCCCACAGGCUGUGCCUGAGAUGUGACUCUAGUGGUAACUAGAGAGUUCCCCAGCUGGUACCACCCUAGCUUUGGAAGAGAAGAUUCUGUAGUCUGGGGGCCCAGGUGCCUCCCCUUCACCCCCUGCCUCCUUCAGAAGCUCGUGUGUCCCACAGUCUUUGGCUAUCUUUGAAAUCAGAGCUGCAAAGAGUCAAGUCAUGUGGGCUAUUUGGCAUCUUGAUGGAAGGAACUGAAGCAUUAUGGUAGUCUGAGGUGCCAGCCAGACAUCCUCUGGGUGGCUGUGUCAGGGGUAAUGGACUUAAGAACCCUGCUCUGGCAGUAGGCUUCCUGAGCCUUUGACUCCUAGGGGUUAAGUGCUGUCUGUGCUAGGGACAAUGCAGAGGGCAAACAAAACCUCAUGAAAUGAAAGUUUUCUUUUGUUUUUGGGAGAUGAAGUGUCUUUCUCUGGCACCUAGGCAGGACUGCAGUGGUGCAAUCAUAGUUCGCUGCAGCCUUCAAUUCCUGGGCUCAAGCGAUCCUUCUCCCUUAGCCGCCCAAAGUGCUUCAACUAUAGGCAUGAGCCACCAUACCCAGCCAAGAAACAAAAGUAUUUAAGGAGCAGACAGAGGUUGACUUAGGUGCCUAGGAGGAAAGGCUUACCAGAGAGUAAGUGACUGAGACCAGAACUGCAAAGGUUGAGCAAGAGAAUUAAGGAGGACCCAGCUCCUUUGUUCUGGAAGUGGUGACCAUAGCAGCCAACACCCAGCCCAGACUGAGCCAAGCACAUUAUACAUGUAUUCCUUUUUUUUACUAGACUUUCCUUUUUAAAGGCAUUUUCAGUUCACAGCAAAACAGGAAAAAAGUACAGAGUGUUCCCCUGUACCACAACAGCCCCUAGGCCCCCAUUUGUCCCCAUUGCUGAGCUUGCACUGGUGCUUCACUUUCAACCAAAGCCCACAGUUGACAUCAGGGUCUGCUCUGGCUGUUAUAUGCUCUAUGGAGCUUGACAAAAAUAUAUAAUGAUGUGUAUCGUGUAUAUAUAUUAUAGUGUCGUGUAUAUAUAUUCAUUUUUCAAAACCUAUGAUGGGCAGGCUAGGCAUGGUGGCUCACACCUGUAAUCCUAGCACUCUGGGAGGCCAAGGUGGGAGGAUCCCUUAAGCUCAGGAGUUCAAGAGCAAGACGCUGCCUCUACUAAAAAUAGAAAAACUAGCUGGGCAUGGUGGUGGGCACCUAUAAUCCGAGCUACUCUUGAGGCUGAGGCAGAAGGAUGGCUUGUUCCUGGGAGUUUGAGGUUGUGGUGAGCUAUGAUGACAUCACUGUACUCUAGCAGGGUAACAGAGUAAGACCCUGUCUCAAAAAAAGAAAAAAAAAACUAUUAUGGAAAAUUGCAAACAUCUCCACAAGCAGAGAGAAUAGUACACAGCCCCUUAUAUUCACAGAUUCUGUGUCUAUGGAUUCAACCAAUUACAAAUCAAAAAUAUUUUUAAAAUACAACAAUGAAAAAUAAUACAAAUAAAAAACAACACAA